AUGGAUUGUGUUAGACUUUACUUGGGGGAUUUUAAUGAGAUUUUACAUCCUUCUGGAAGGUUUAACUGUGCUUCUUUCUCUGAGUCUAUGAUAGCUUUCUUGAGAUUUAUUAAUGAUGCCAAGCUUAUUGAAAUUCCGUUGCAAGGUCGUUUUUUCACAUGGCAGAACAGGUUAUCUAAAUCCAAAAUCGAUAGAUGUUUCGUCUCAUCUUCGGUUUUAGAAAAGUGGCCGAAUCUUAGGCUUCAAGCUUUAUCUCGUUCUUUUUCUGAUCAUGUCCCAAUUCUUCUAUCAUCUGUGGCUCGCUUUGACUGGGGUCUGAAGCCGUUCCGCUCUCUAAAUGUUUGGUGGGAUCAUCCGGACUUUCCUUCCUUCUUGAAUAAUUGCUGGUUAUCUCUUAGAGAGAAUUCUGCCUUGGUGAUUAAACUGCGAGAGCUUCGCAAGCUGAUUUCUUCAUGGAACAGGCACAUUUUUGGUGAUUUAAAUUCCAAAGUUACUGCUGUAAAUCAGCAGAUUGCGGCUUUAGAGCAAUCUGCAGAUUAUAGAGAUUUAACGGAUGAUGAUUAUACAGCCCUCUCUGCCUACAACAGCGAGCUCCUUGGCCUUUCUAAACAGCUAGAAGUAACUUGCCCUUCCGAUAUAAAGUCUAAGAUCAGAGAAUAUUAUCGAAGCCUUUACAAGGAAGGAAGUCAUGUUUCAUUCUCUCUAAACUCUCUUCCGUUUAAAGUGCUUUCGAAUGCCCAUUCCGAGGGGCUGACAUCAGUUAUUACAUUGGAGGAAUUAUCUUUGGUUGUUAUGCAUUGCGAUGAUAAGAAAGCACCUGGACCAGAUGGGUUCAAUAUGUUUUUCUAUAAGCGGGCGUGGCAGAUCUUGAAGGGAGACAUAUUUCGGCUGUUUCAAAUAUUUCAGGUAACGGGUUCUUUUCCGUCGGGUCUGAAUACAGCUUUUCUGAUAUUGAUCCCUAAGUUUAAAGGAGCUGUUAAUAUAAAAGACUAUCGUCCAAUCAGUCUUAUCAACAGCAUUUUUAAGUUUCUGUCGAAGAUUCUUGCGAAAAGGUUAGCUCCUUUAUUACCAUCUAUUAUUUCGGAGAACCAAUUCGGUUUCAUUAAAGGUCGGAACAUUCACGAGUGCCAUUCUAUUGCCUCCGAAGUAAUCCAUCUCUGCUCAAGACGCAAAGAUUCAACUUUCAUCGUUAAGUUGGACUUUCAGAAAGCCUUUGAUUUUGUUUCUUGGAGAUUCCUUUUGGAGACUAUGCGUAUGAUGAAUUUUAAUUCAUCCUGGAUCAAUUGGAUUACCAAUUUAUUGAAUUCUUCUCAGAUGUCGGUUAUGAUUAACGGUUCUCCUUCAGAUAAUUUUGUUAUGGAGAAGGGUGUGAGACAAGGAGACCCGUUAUCUCCGAUGCUCUUUGUAAUUGCAGCUGAAGGUUUUAAAGCAAUUAUUGAGAAAGCCAAGUCGCUGGGGCUGUUUACUGGUAUUCAAAUUGAUGGUUUUCGGAAAUCUCUCUCGUUACUUCAAUUCGCAGACGAUACUCUUUUGUUUCUUCCAAAUGAUUUGGAAAUGGUAAAAAAUCUCCUACGUGUUCUUCGGUGCUUUGCAAUUGUUUCUGGUUUACGUAUCAACUUUCAAAAGAGCUCAAUCAUUGGUUUGAAUGUUCCAAAGGAGGAUAUUACAUCAGCUGCCUCUAUUCUAAACUGCAAGAUCGAAACGCUGUCAUUUACUUAUCUUGGACUUCCUAUUUCUCGGAGGAAUUUGGCGGUCUCUCAGUUCAAUCCUAUCAUUCAGAAUUUUAACUCGCAUUUGGCACUUUGGAAAGGAAAUUUGCUUUCUCCGGCUGGUCGUUUGAUCAUGAUUAAGUCAGUUAUGUGUAGCUUGCCAGUUUAUUCGAUGUGUAGUUUUGUCAUUCCUAGAAGCGUGAUAUCUUCUAUGGAGAGUUUUUUGAGAAACUUCCUUUGGACGGGUUCAGGAUCUUCUCGAGGCAUUUGUAAAGUAGCUUGGAAGGAUAUUUGUUUGUCGACUUGCUUGGGUGGUUUUAAUGUUAAUCGGGUUAGUUCGAAUAUAAAUUCACGGAAUGAUUUAGUUGAUCCUAGAAAUAGGAAUUUAUUAUCUCAUUGGCGAGGAGUCCGUAAGCUUUGUGUUUAUAAUGAAAAUAUUUGGAGCAUGUUCACUUCAAAUAUAAGCUUUAGAAUGGGAAAUGGUAGAGAUAUAAUUUUUUGGAGGGAUUUAUGGCUUCCAAAUCAGGUUGUUCCUCUUAGUUCUGAGUUUCACAACCUGUUUGUUUUGGUGAGAAAUAGCACAGCUGCUGUUUAUGACUAUGCUUAUGUUGAUGAUCAAUUGGGAUGGCAUUUCAACUGGAAAAGACGACUUCGGUUGGGUGAGCAGGAUUCCUUAAGGCAGCUUCUUGUUCAGCUUCAGCAGGUGAAGCCUUCCUCUCAGCGUGACUCAGUCUUCUGGAUCGGUAAUGUCAGCUACUCAGCAGCUUCUUUGGUUCGGUUAAUGACAGUCUCUGAUCAUGAAAAGGAUCAGUUCUUAUUCUUGAUGUGGAAACAUAAGAUCCCUCCUCGUAUCCAGUUUUUUACUUGGUUAUUACAUAAAGGUCGUAUCUCAUCGAAUGAGUUCAUGGUUCAGCGUCGAGUUCUCCCUGACGAGCAGAUUUUUUGCAGUUUAUGUGCAGAAAUUGAAUCAGCAAACCACAUUAUCAUUUACUGCCCUAUUGCUUGGAGAUUCUGGAUAGAUUUUCUUGGAAAAAUUGGAGUCAAGGCGUGGACAAUUCCGAAAGAUGUUUCGAGUUUCUAUUUCCAAUGGAUGAAUUUGGAAAAUCCAAAAUACAAAAACCUUUAG